AUGGAUUCCACUGGGAUGAACAUGAUGAGCAGGAUCGUUUUCUUCGAGGACAGGAACUUCCAGGGUCGUUCCUAUGAGUGCAAUAGCGACUGCCUGGACAUGUCCUCCUACCUGAGCAGGUGCCAGUCCUGCAGGGUGGAGAAGGGCUGCUUCGUGGUGUUUGACCGCACCAACUUCAUGGGCAACCAGUUCUUCAUGAGGAGGGGCGAGUACGCUGACUGCAUGAACCUGAUGGGUAUGAGCGACUGCAUCAGGUCUUGCCGCAUGAUCCCUAUGAACAGAGGAUCCUUCAGGAUGAGGAUCUUUGAGAGGGAGAACUUCAAUGGUCAGAUGCACGAGCUGCAGGACGACUGCGACAACGUUAUGGAUCGUUAUCGCAUGUCCCAGUGCAUGUCCUGCAACGUGAUGGAUGGCCACUGGCUGAUGUACGAGCAGCCCCACUUCAGAGGCAGGAUGAUCUACAUGAGGCCUGGCGAGUACAGGAACUUCAACAACAUGGGCAACAAUGGCUCAAAGUUCAUGAGCAUCAGGCGCAUCACCGACUCUUGCUAUUAG